UUCACUAUCAAGACGUUGAUCUUUCUAGUCCUGCCAAUUUGCUAGCUACAGGUCAGAUGGCAAUUGACCACCCCCUCCCCAUCCAGGCAUCCAGCAGACGCGUGGGUCGCAGGCUACGGUUUCUUGGUUCCCAGUUCAAAGAGUUUGCUUUUACGGCUUGUUUGGCAUGAAUAAUUGGGAAAAGGAACGAAUACAAGCCAAGAAAAAAAUUGGAAUGAAUGAAUGUGUAUUGGGAGGAGGGAGGGAGGAAUGAAUGCGAGUCAAGAGAUUGUGUGUAUAGUCUGAAUUCUAACUCUGCAGCAAGCAACGAUUGGGAAGGAGAUCGUGCUUUGCCACCAUUGACGUCUCAGUGGCCUCAAGUCAUAAGAGCAUCUCUGUCUAUAGCACUAGCUAAGUCAGUUGAGCGGUGCAGAGGCUUGAGGGAGCAGAGGAAGCAUCGGCCAUGGUCCGGGAGGAGAAGCUCGACCUGGUGCUGGUCCCGCUCGGCCUGGCGGUGCUUGCCGUCUACCACGCGUGGCUCCUCUACGCCGUCCUCCGCCACCCCACCCGCACCGUCGUCGGCCUCAACGCCCUCGCCCGCAAGCGCUGGGUCACCGUCAUGAUGGCCAACACGGAGAAGAACGGGGUGCUGGCCGUGCAGACGCUGCGGAACAACAUCAUGGCGUCGACGGUGCUGGCGACGACGGCCAUCACGCUCGUCUCCGUCAUCAGCGUCUUCCUCGGCGCAACGGCGGGUCGGCCCCCGGCGUCCCCUUCGUCCUCGUCGUCGGGGGCGCCGCUGCUGGUGUACGGGAGCAAGACCGGGGAGGUGUUCGCGGUCAAGUACCUGGCCAUCUCGCUCUGCUUCAUGCUCGCCUUCGUCUGCAACGUGCAGGCCAUCCGCCUGUACGCGCACGCCAGCUUCCUCCUCGGCCUGCCGCCCGUGCCCGCCGGCGAGGGGGAGGCGGUGGCGCGGGAGGAGUUCGCGGCGUACGUGGCCCGGACGGUGAACCGGGGGAGCCACUCCUGGUCGCUGGGCCUCCGCGCCUUCUACGUGUCGCUCGCGCUCUUCAUGUGGACAUUCGGGGCCAUCCCGAUGCUGGCGUGCAGCGUGCUCAUGUGCGGCCUCCUCUACUUCCUCGACACCGCCAGGGAGCGCGCCACCGUGACCACCAGCAUCCACCAUGGUCACAAGGACAGCACCGUGUAACCGCGUACUAUUCUCGAUCGGUUGCAUGUAUGUACAUCUAUAGAACCAACGAUUGUUUUGCUCUAGUAAUGAACUCGCCACAACAAAGAGUAGGUCAUCUUUCGAAAGAGAUUUCAAAAUACAGCUUAAUAGAUGAAUAAAAUGUUGUCUUAGGGAGGUAAUGUGUUUAACUUUUUGAACUAGAAAAUUUAAUGGCUGAGAUUAAAAAAAGGGGAUAAACUAAAAUUUUAUAGAUUUUUGAGUUACAAAUAUAUAAGAGCUAGAUAGGGUUGUAAAAAACCAAUGAUCUUGGUCCAUCACCGCAUAUAGUUUUGUCCUCUUUUACUUUUACUUUUACUGAGUACUACUUGCGCGUUUAGUAGGCACGCGUACCACACGUUUGUUUGGCUAGUUAUCAUGCUAUUGAUGUUGAAAAUAAUUAACAACGUGUCA